CUCUGAACACAAUCGAGAACUCCAAAAGUUGGGGCAGCAAGCCCUCAAAGCCCAGUCACAUCUGCAUCUGCAUUGAUCGAGGCCCAGAGAACUUACGAAGAAUCCCCGUAUUUGUAAUUCAACGUGGUUUGCCAAACUGAAUGACGCUCGCCGAGGGGCAUUUCCCAUGGGCUAAUAAGAGCUCUCCUGCCACACUGAAACGCGUAGCCAUGAUGACGGAAAGCUCUAGACCACGUUAUUCAAAGACCCUCUGACGCAAUUCAGCUUCAAUUCAGACUUCACCUCACAAAACAGCAUUGAAUCUUUCCAGAACCAAUAACAAUCUCAAAACAAACAUCAGCCACAAUGUCUUCAAGCAUCAAACCCCUCAUCCUGCACGCCCAUGGCACCGGCCCAAAUCCUUUCAAGGUCGCAGCAGUCCUGGAGUCAUUGAACAUCCCAUACGAAGUCAAGCUUUGGCAAUUCGGGGAUGCUGCGAAUGGCGUGAAAGGCGCCCAAUUCACCAAGAUCAAUGAGAAUGGCCGUGUUCCUGCACUCGAAGAUCCCAACACUGGUGUUACAAGCUGGGAAUCCGGUGCAGUGAUGAACUAUAUCCGACGAGUGUACGACAAGCAGAACAAACUUGGACCAAGAUCCUCCUCGGAACAAGACAUCGUAGAUUUCGAGAAGUGGGAAUACUUCUUGCUAUCAACCUUGGGACCUAUGAUGGGCCAAGUCAACUGGUUCCGCCACUACCACUCCUCCAAAAACGACGACGCACUCAAGCGUUACGAAGAACAAGCAUACCGCUGCUUCGGCGUUCUCGAUGGUCAACUCAAGAAACACGGCGGACCUUUCAUCCUCCCAGGUAACUCAGUCUCCGCCGUAGAUUUCCAUUUCUACCCAUGGGUCUAUCAGCACAACUUCGCAGGAUUGAGCAUGGACUCUUAUCCGAAUGUGAAGAAAUGGAUAGAGCAAGUCUCUGCUUUGCCAGAAAUUAAGGCAGCUUAUGAGAAGAUUCCAAAGGGAAAGGAGGUUUAGAGUAAAGG